AUGCUAUUCAUUGAACCAAGCUUUGAAAAGCUCAAUGCAGAAGUGUCUGGAAAUCCAGUUGUGCGUAAGCUGUCGACUGUAAAUGCCUUGUCUCUGACGGCAUUCGGUUUGUUAAUGGUUAUUCUCAGAGACGUUUUUGAUUUCGAUUUUCUAUUGAUGAAUACAAUGGCUGUUACAGUUGA